AUGAAUACAAACUUUACUUGGUCAACAACCGAAAAAGGUGAAAAAGCAAUUCUAUAUAAUGGUUACCUUUAUCGAUUAAGACGUGAAAAUCAGAAUGGUACAUUAAUCUAUGUUUGUACUUUCAAAUUGUGUUCUCGUACUAUUACUUUAAAAAACGAUGUAAUUUUAAAAACAAAUGGUGGAAAUCAUAAUCAUGAUCCCAAAUUACCGGAAAAUGUUCAAGCCGUAUUGUGCGGAUUGAAACGUCGAGUAUUAACUGAUAUAGAUCAACCUGUUACAAAAAUUUAUGAAGACGAAGUAAAAAAAUUUCGUCGUGAAAACGGCACAGCUGGUCCGAUUCCAGUCUUUGAAGCAUGGAAAACAACUUUGUAUUCCAUUCGUAAAAAAAUAUUACCUCCAACACCAAUAUCUUUAUCAUCAAUAAUAAUUCCUGCAGAUAUGUGUAUUAAUAAUAAUAAUCAAGAAUUUUUAUUUUGCAAUUCACCAACACCACAUAAAGUUAUAGCAUUUGCAUCGGAACAAGCAUUACAAUUAUUAAGUAAUAACCCACAUUGGAAUGGUGAUGGAACUUUCAGAACAUCACCUGCCCUAUUUGCUCAAUCUUAUUAUAUACAUGUAUGGGAUGAGUUUAGCAUGAAAUCAGUAAUUUAUUCAUGUUGUGAAGAUAAAAAAGAAGAAUGUUAUCAUGAACUACUUCAAUCACUACUUAUUCAUGCAACAAAAAAAAAGAUUACAUUAAAUCCAUCAUCGAUCUUAAUAGAUUUUGAACAAGGUAUGAUUAAUGCCAUUAAUGAUAUAUUUCCGCAAGCAUUAGUUAAAGGAUGCCAUUUCCACUUUGCUCAAAACAUAUGGAAAAAAGUUAAAAAAUAUAAUUUAGUAACAUUAUCAAAAGAAGAAAAUAUUCGUCGUCAAAUAGCUAAUAUUAUUGCAUUACCUUUAAUACCACCAAAGGAAGUUAAUAAUUCUAUGGAAAAGAUUAUUGAUGAAUUAUGUGAUUGUGAUUCAAAACUGAAUAAAUUAACUGAUUAUGUUAUAAAAAAUUACAUUGAAGAUGCUCGAUUCUCUUUAAAUAUGUGGAAUCACUUUUAUACUAUUGGUGAAAGACCACGUACAAACAAUCAUCUAGAAGGUUAUCAUCGACAAUUAAAUGCCAGAGUUAGAACACAUCCUGAUCUGUGGACGUGGAUUAAUGAAGUAAAAUCAUCAGAAGAAUCGGUUAUGUGUCGUUAUGAACAGGAACAAGCACAAAAAAGAACAACAAGACCAAGAAAAAGAAAAUAUAUACAAGAUGAUAAUAAACUUAUGUUGGCAAAGAAGAAAUAUAUACAAGAUGAAGAUUUCGAUGCUUACCAGAAAACCUUACGAACUGUUUCUCAUCGUUAUAUUCACAUUCUAAAAGAUGCAAAAGAUAGUAGUGAUGAAGAAUAG